AUGCUUCCUCGAGCUGUGUCUUCGAUACUUCUCACAAUAUGCCUUGUCAUUUUAGCCCUUGAUCAGCACUGUGCUGCCUCUGUCCUCAAGAAGCGUUCGGUGAAAUCUCAUACUAACGGCGCUACAUCUCCUCCGUUUACCCCAAUCCGGACUGUGCAACUGAGCAGAACAAUCCGGACUGUUCAACCGAGCGAUAUAAGAAUAUUGGAGUCUAAGCCUUCAGGCAAGAUCCCAUUUGGUCGAAAGCAAAUAAAGGGCGCCUGCCGACCCCGUGGAUCUGGUGGUGGCUCUCCGACUAUUUCUAAGAAGCCGACUAUAACGAAUGCUGCAGGAGUCCAAACAGCACCGCCCGAGAAAGGCGCAUCGACGAUCACCUGCGGAACACAAGGACCAAUACAAGCAAUGGGCCUCAGCGCCGCCCUUUGUCUCUGCCCCAGUGGAGAUACAACUUAUUCUCUCCCCGUCCUCACCAUCCCUCUGUCCUCGGGCUACGGCCCGAAGGCCAGUUUCACCUGGUCGAAUAACACGGUGCCUGCCGGUGAUUUCGAUGACCCAGAUACGAACUAUACGCCGACAAAGAAGAAGAGAGAUAACUCGCCUUCGGUGGAUGUGAGUGCUGUCACUAAACGGUUGUUUGACGGGCUGGUGGCAGAUGGUGGACCAUGUGCAGCGACGUCGGGAGGUUGUGACAGCACGAAGUCUUUAGUGUUCGACAAUGUGGCCACUACUACUGGAGAUGGAGUGGAUGGAGAGGAAGUGGACUUCCUCAAGUUAACGUUUAUUGUCGAUGAUAGUUCUUUCGACGAUGAAUAUAUCCGAAACGAAAUGCUAGUAGCAGGGCUCACUAUGUGGGCACUAGUGACUUCUAAGAAUUGCCAAAAUAUAACUUACAAGGCCGACGCGGAUGACACAGGGUCUGGGUGCGGCCAGGGGCCCGUUCACGAAAAACGUUCACCAGUUCAACUAUUAUCACCACUUGAAAUGGACAAGAGAAGUCCUAUCAGCCCUGGUUCAGACGGCAACAUAGAGAGCGGGCACAUGUCAUGCACCUACGAAGCCCGAGUCUGCCAAGCGCCAGAUUCAUUCCAUGUCGUUAAUGGCCCUCAUGACGACCCGUAUAAAUACUGGUUAGACAUCCAAGUCAAGUCUGAGUUGGAAGGUGGUGGGGGAGUCACAUGCAAGGAGCUCUUAGGAGUGACCGAGGCUGCGAUCGUUGUAUUAGGGUGGUGGAAUCCUGAACUAGCGGCUUCGGCUCAAGUCCAGGUAGCGAAGUUCAUCGCCAUGUGUUCACUCGCUCAGACCGCAGUAAAUGCACUUAAAAGUGGAUCUGUGAACCCAAAGGAUUAUAUACCUUUACUGGAGAAUGUGGCAUCGUUUGGUACGAUCACUGCGUAA